GUGGACCCGGUUACAGUCUUCCUCUUCUCUCUGACCCUUUUGAUCACACACAGAGGAGAGAGAUAAUGGCACCCUGCAGCCUUCCACUGCUGGCCCUGGCCUGCCUGUCUCUGUCGGUCACAGCUUAGCCCACCGGGGGGGAACAGGACAUCCCCUCCAUGGUCAGACAGAUCAUGGACACUGUGGCAAAGGUGAAGGAAAGGUCUGACCUAACAGCCAGCGUGCUCGCUAUGAAAGAGAGAAUGGAAUCCAUGGAGAAAGAGCUGCAGGCACUGAAAGACAUUCCUAAGGUGGCGUUCGCGGCAUCACUGGGAGGCGAUGGACCCCAAAAGACAGGCAACUUCAACAAAAAGCUGGUCUACAAAAAGGUCUUGACAAAUGUUGGUGGUGCAUACAACGUAGAGACAGGUGAAUUCACGGCCCCGAUUCGUGGAGUCUACUACAUCCGGUUCACGGCCAACGGUCCCUCGGACUUCACCCUGAGCUCCAUGCUGUAUAAGAACGGUGGCCAAGUCCUUCUGGCUGCUCACGAGAGUCCGUCCGGCGAGGGCAGCGAGGACAGUCUGCAAAUGGUGCUGUGGGCCAACACCCAGGUCUGGGACAACGACAACCACCACAGCACCUUCAGCGGCUUCCUCCUCUUCCCCAUGCCAGAGCAGAAAAGCAAUAGGUCUACAUCCCUCCUCUUCCCCAUGCCAGAGCAACCAGAGACAUAGGUGUACAUACACAGUAGCAUUGUUUUCCACUGUUUUCAACUGUUGUUAAAUCAUUGACUGAAUUAAAAAUAACAUUGGAGGUGAA